GUUAAGAAAAUAAAUACCUAAAACGUAAAAACUUUAAUAUUAAAAAACGAAUAAGUAAGUAAUUCGUAAAUUAGUAAUUAUGUUAACAUAGAAAUGACAUUGUUUAAUUAUAAUUUGUUAUCAAACUGACAAUGAGAUACAGAAAUAAGAAUGAUUAAUGUCGGGUUUGUACAAUGUGCCAUCAGAGUUUGUCGUUUAAGUUUUACAAACAUAUCGAUUCAACACUUUUCGUCUAAAACACAUUGUAGAACACAUUAUGAAGUAUUAAAUCUCAAGCCGGGAUGCACCAAAAAAGAAAUACGCGAUUCGUUCAUCAAAAUGUCAAAACAGAACCAUCCUGAUAUUCACGGUGCGUCAUAUAACGACCAAUUUGUUCGCAUCAAUGAAGCGUACAAUGUAUUAAUAAACGAAGACAAGCAGCGGCUGUAUAAUGAAACAUUAGUAAAUUAUAAUAGCAGCCAGACAAUUUAUAGUCGUUAUCCACAACGUCAAACGAGCGUAACAUGGAAGGAACAUUACAAUAACCCGGCUAACCAUUGGCUGGCAUCAAACUUCACUAUCGCUGGGGUUUGCUUAGCGGUAUUGGUGAUAGGAUCGAUUAUCCGUUAUUAUGGCGCAAAGAAAUCCUCUGCAAUAAGAAGUCAAUUUUUGGAGGAAUCUGACCAGCUGUUGUUAUUUUUAGAAGAACAGAAAUUAAUGAAGAGCGAAAAAUCAAAAAACGAGCUUAUAGAAAUAUUCGAAAAAAAUAUAGCAAACGAUUAUAAACCCACUAUAGAAAAGUAAAAAUAUAUACUGUUAACGUAUUGUGAGAUUUUUCAAUGAGUUACCAACAACAAUAAAAAUUAUUAUCAAAAAAAAAAA